UCCACGCCCCGGACGCCCGGGGGACGGGUGUUCUUGAUCUUCUACGCCAUGUUCGGCAUCCCGCUGAUGAUGACGUGGGUGAGUGACGUCGGCGCUCAGCUGGACGCCGUUCUGCGGUACCUGGUCGGGAAGGUGAAGUCACGGUGCUCCAAGAAGGAGUCAGUAGUCCACAGCGUGCCACCCUGGGUCACCAUCUUUCUGCUAGUUGUCUACCUUCUGCUAGAUGGCGCUGGGUUAUCCAGCUGGGAAAAUUGGAGCCUACUGGACAGUAUCUACUACUCAUACAUUACAGUCACGUCAAUCGGAUUUGGUGAUUUUGUGCCGACCAAACAACUGUACGUGAUGUUGGGGCUGCCGUACGUGAUGGUCGGGCUGGCGCUGACGUCCAUGCUGAACGGGCUCACCGGACAGACGAUCAUGCGGCUCAGUGCAAAAUUAUCCAAGUGCAUAGAAAUGAUGUCAGGAAAGCCGUGUCCGUGCUGCGGGCUGACCAACGCCAAGCCCCUCCGGCCAGAGGACAUCGUGCUGGUCAAACGGCUGGCCCUAAGAUGGCGUCACCGGUGCCGGGAGUCGGCCGUCAGGCAGAGACAACGGCGCGCACAGCUUCUGCCGGUCACGGUGGUCUGGGACAUCAGCGACUCAGACGCGCCGCAGGAUUGAUUCACAGCACGCCAAGAACAUCGCAACGCGCACUGCCACAAAGUUGGAUCAUGGUUCUAAGUUAUGGUACUAUAGGAGCAGUUAUAGGCCAUUGUUAGGUAUUGCCUUCUAUACUAGCAUUGUAUGCUUCCAUUGUGAAUUUCAUACAAGAGACAUGAAACUUACCAUUCCAAUCCAAGUGGCUACAAAAUACCAUAUGUAGUAGAGUUGGCCACAUUGGCGGAACGAGGUUUUUAGCACCAGUUAAAAGUCAUGAUGCAUCCUAUUACAUACGCUCGAACCCUAUCUGAGUGGUAGUGUACAUGUGUUAGGUUACAGUUGACAUAGACAAAAUUCCUAUGGGUUACAUACGUACAUACAUAUGAAGUGUCAUAGGUAUAACACAAGCAUUAUGUUAUGUCUUGGUUGUUUGUCUGUUUGUUAGUUUGUUUGUUUGUUUGUAUAAAAUCAACGCAAUUGUACACAGUUUGUCGUUAGGUUCUUUCCACUUUUUUGUGUCCAGCUGUUUUGUGUCAAUAAAUCACGUAGGGCACCCACGGCGGUUGCUACUAAAAAAUGACUCGUGGUCAUACAUGUCUAUAAAACAAUGAACGUAUUCCAAUUUUGCGUGGUGUUUCAAACAGAUUGAGGGGCCUUGUAAGGACUGGCAAGAACUAGGUAGAAGCUAUGACAAGACACCAGCUACAAUCAAAGUCUUAAGAUAUUUCACAGAUCAUCUCGCGAUGGUGAAUACGUAAGAUGAUUUGAUCAAUUAUCUCUGAUGGCGCAAUUUGGGGCAGUAGUCUAGUAGUUUUUAUCCACCGGACCUGACCCUUCGGAUCUUUGUCUCUGCAAGACAAGAAUCAUUAAAACGUUUAACUGACAACAUCCAGGGCUCUUCUUUUUUCUUCCACAAGCUCCACAUUGAUAAAUUGACAAUAUGACGUAAAUCGCCGACCUGUCUUAUAACAAUGAUAAGAGCUAUACCAACUUCCACCAACGGAGCAGGGUUUUAAACUCAAUUUUACACCAUGAACAAGAUAUUCCUGAAAUGUACGUCUUAAACUGAGGGAUAUUUGCAAAACAGUUGGCAAUACGAAAAGAAAAGAAAGGAAAAGAAAAGAAAAGAAGGACGUUACGUAAUGUCACAAAAUUUUGGAAUAGCCCUUCCCUAUCUAUUUGUCAUUGUUAUUGAACCACCAUUAAUGAGUUUUAUGGUCUGUAAAAUGUUUGAUGA